GGAGUGAUUUAGUCCAGGAACCCACUUACUACAAGGGGGAAUGAGACUGACUGCUGAGCACAGAUCUCCAGGCCAACUGACGCCACAGAUCAUCCAGGAAACUCUGAACCCCGCAGGCUUCUGCUCUCCGUGCUGACAUGACAAACGCAACAUCCGCCCCCUCCGCGCUACCCGUCUCCCACCAGGUGGGGAUCGGGCUGCUCUCGUUGGCCUUUUUGCUGGGCUUCCCGGGGAACCUCUUCGUGGUGUGGACCAUCGUGUGCCGAGUGACGCGCCGCUCUCUCACCUGCCUGCUGGUGCUCAACCUGGCGGUGGCGGAUGCCCUGGUGCUUCUCAGCGCACCUCUCUUCAUACGCUUCCUGGCAGUUCGCGGCUGGGAGUUCGGGUCGGGGAUGUGCAAGACGGUGCACUACCUGUGCUGCGUGAACAUGUACGCCUCCAUUUACCUCAUCUGCCUGAUGAGCGUGGACCGUUGGCUGGCCGUGACACGACCCUUCCUCUCGCAACAGCUACGCACCAAACACACGCUCUGGGCGUUCCUCCUGGUGUUGUGGAUCCUGUCCUUUGUCUUCGCCUUACCCAUGCCCUUUUACCGCAGCAACCUCCAGCCAUUCCUGGCAAAGAACAUUUCUGUCUACAUAUGUAUGCCAUACCACUGGGAAAGCGAGAAACAUGAGACGUUCCAGUACCUGUGGGAAACGCUGCUGGGCUUCCUGCUGCCGUUCUGCCUCAUCCUGGCCUGCUACUUGUCCAUCAUCUGCCGCCUGAGAAGUGCCAUGUUCCAGCGCAAGAGCAGGGGAAACCGCCUCAUCGUCUUCAUCAUCGGUGCCUUUGCCCUCUUCUGGCUGCCCUAUCACCUCAUCAAUAUCUUGCAGGUUCUGGGAACUCUGCAGAAGUUGCCCGAAGUGCUGCAAUUUGCCAAAACGGCCCGGCCCAACGUCACCGCAUUUGCCUUCUUCAGCAGCAGCGUGAAUCCCAUUCUGUACGUGUUCGCCGGAAGUUCGUACAUCCGACGAGCAGGUCUGGGCUUUAUGGGCAAGCUCUUCGAGGGCACAAACUCCGAGGGAGGCUCCUUCUCCUCUCGUAGCACCCGCUCCAGCCGCAGCGGCUCUUCCCCAGAGUCCAGCACUCUACGGAAGCUGUCCAUGCGCUUUGGCCUUAGGGGCGUACGAGAUGAGUGGAUGGAGACCGUUGCCGGACCAGAUGCCGGGUCAGAGCUACAACAACUAGACUUGAAGGCGAUGUCCAAAGGCCAGCUCUGAGCACAUUCCUGUGUUUUUGUUCCAAUAUCCACCUGUUUGUAGUGUCUUAUGUUAUUGAAUUUGUUUUUACUGUCGUGUAGAUUGAUGGCUCCUCAUUUAAUGUCAGAUUUAUAUACUGUAUAUAGCAUAUUCAAAAAUUCUGUUAAAAUUAAUAUUAUACAUAU